UAACAAGAGCACCCGAUUUAUAAGACUGCUGUAUCCUGUGGGAUAUUAUGUGGAAGGAGAUGAAACAAUCCCUAGCACAGAAAAGAAGAAGCCAGCCGAGAUGAAUGGAUGGUCCAGUUACCUGCUGGGAUGCAUGACUUUCCUCCUCUACUCCUAUGAAACCAGUGGAGAUAAGAGAGAUUCAUGUGUCUUUCCCUUCGUCUACAAGGGUUCUACUUACUUCUCUUGUACCAGAGCCAACAGCUUUUCUCCUUGGUGUGCGACCAGAGCAGUUUAUGACGGACAGUGGAAGCACUGCACCACAGAAGAUUACCCAAGAUGUGUCUUUCCCUUCAUCUACCGAGGAAGGUCCCAUAAUAACUGCAUCACGGAAGGCAGCUUCCUGGGAAAGCUGUGGUGCUCAGUCACCUCCAGCUUUGAUGAGAAGCAGCAGUGGAAAUACUGUGAAAUCAACGAGUACGGGGGAAAUUCUUUCAGCAAGCCCUGCAUCUUCCCCUCCAUGUACAGAAAUCACGUGAUCUUUGAAUGCCUUGAGGAUGAAAGCAACAAGCUCUGGUGCCCGACCACGGAGAACAUGGAUAAGGAUAGAAAGUGGAGUCUCUGUGCCGACACCAGAAUUUCCUCACUGACGGCUGGUUUUCCCUGCCACUUUCCAUUCAACUAUAAAAACAAGAAUUAUUUUAACUGCACCAACAAAGGAUCACAGGAGAACCUUUUAUGGUGUGCAACCUCUUACAACUAUGACCGGGACCACACCUGGGUGUACUGUUGAUGCAAAGGAAAGGAGACACCUCUUCAGCGGAAGGCUGACAUAUUAAGUCCGGAACCUGCUUCUUCUUUUUCAUAGCAUCUUUCAAGCUUAGAUAAUCACCUUUAGAAAGACCCUGUCCACUGUCUUGCUUAAUCACUUGGUCCUUUGUGAAGAACAGAGGGGAAAUGUGGCAAAAAUCACCAAUAAAGGAGACCCACGUUAACACUGGGGCUGCCUUUCCUGCUUCCCAGAAUGAGAGAGAUGAUGAGGGAUCCAAACGUGUGGUGAAGGAGACCUUGGUGACUGGGUUGGUGAGUCACAUGGUGGGGAGAUCAGAUUCUCAGCCCAGGCAUCCUGGGAAGUAAUUCUUGCUUUCUCUUUCUGGUAAAUCACAGAUUUGGGUGGAACAUUUGUAGGUACUUUUUAAAUCAUUAAUAAAUAAAUUAGUAAGUAAA